AUGGUGGAUAUUAUUUUUCAUUAUCCUUUUCUGGGUGCUAUGGGGGAUCAUUCCAAGAAGAAGCUCGGGACGGCCAUGUGCGUGGGCUGCGGGAGUCAGAUCCACGACCAGUUUAUCCUUCGGGUGUCGCCCGACCUCGAGUGGCACGCCGCCUGCCUCAAGUGCGCCGAGUGCAGCCAGUACCUGGACGAGACGUGCACGUGCUUCGUGAGAGACGGGAAAACCUACUGCAAGCGGGACUACGUCAGGCUGUUCGGCAUCAAGUGCGCCCAGUGCCAGGUGGGCUUCAGCAGCAGCGACCUGGUGAUGCGGGCGCGGGACAGCGUGUACCACAUCGAGUGCUUCCGCUGCUCCGUGUGCAGCCGCCAGCUGCUGCCGGGAGAUGAGUUCUCGCUGCGGGAGCACGAGCUGCUCUGCCGAGCCGACCACGGCCUCCUGCUGGAGCGCGCUGCGGCCGGCAGCCCGCGUAGCCCCGGCCCGCUCCCCGGCGCCCGCGGCCUGCAUCUGCCAGACACCGGGUCCGGACGGCAGCCCUCGCUGCGCACGCACGUGCACAAGCAGGCAGAGAAGACUACCAGGGUGCGGACUGUGCUCAACGAGAAGCAGCUGCACACCCUGAGGACCUGCUACGCCGCUAACCCGCGGCCCGACGCGCUCAUGAAGGAGCAGCUAGUGGAGAUGACGGGCCUGAGCCCACGGGUCAUCCGCGUGUGGUUCCAGAACAAGCGUUGCAAGGACAAGAAGAAGUCCAUUCUCAUGAAACAGCUACAGCAGCAGCAGCACAGUGACAAGGCGAGCCUCCAGGGACUGACUGGGACGCCCCUGGUGGCGGGCAGCCCCAUCCGCCAUGAGAAUGCGGUGCAGGGCAGUGCAGUGGAGGUGCAGACGUACCAGCCGCCUUGGAAAGCGCUCAGCGAGUUUGCACUCCAGAGUGACCUGGACCAACCCGCUUUUCAACAGCUGGUCUCCUUCUCAGAGUCUGGCUCCCUAGGCAACUCCUCCGGCAGCGACGUGACUUCUCUGUCCUCACAGCUCCCGGACACCCCCAACAGUAUGGUGCCUAGUCCCGUGGAGACGUGAGCAGGGACCCCUAGCUGCCAGCCCGCGGACCUCGCAUGCUCCCUGCAUGAGACUCACCCAUGCUCAGGCCAUUCCAGCUCCGAAAACUCUCUGGCCCUUGUAAUUAUUGUUGUUAUUUAAAGCGAGGGGGGCAGAGGCAGGCGACGACAACGACAGGACAACCAGAAGAGCAGGACGCAGCCUGCCCCCGCCGCCGAGACUGGAGACUGUUGCUCCCAGGACUUUGUUUUUCUUGAAAUAGAAUUUGGGACUUUCUGGGUUAGC